UAUCACAGAGAAAGCUGUGAGCUUGUCAAACUCUGAGCUGCCAGUGGCACAUUUCCUGUUGUUGACAGGCGAAGAGCACAGCGGAGGCUGCGUGUAGGGACUCGCAUUUUAUCAGCUGGAGUGCACACAGAAACACUCAGAGAGCACCCUUUCACAGGAAGAGCUGCUAUCACUUCUAAGAUACACAGACGCAGAGGAAGCACUGACACUGAACCUCUUACCAACGGCCCAUAAACAGGAGCUGCUCCACAGAUGGACUGACUCUCUCCAUCAAGAGUUUCACUGAUGAAAACAAGUGGGAUCUGCCUUGUUCUUUUUGUCUGCUUUCACCUGAUCUGAGUCUCCCCCCAGGAAGUGUUAUGGUUUUGUUCUACAUGGGAUCGGAUAAAACGUCACCUACAGUCAUGCAGCCUGAGGAGCCUGUUCGCCAGGACAUGCAGUUCUUCUAUGUGGGUGACCAUACGUGGGCCACCAUGCUGGGGCAAAGCGUGAGGCUGCAGCCGGUUGCCAUCCAAAGCCUCUCAGAGCUGGAGAGAGCACGUCUCCAGGAAGUGGCUCUUUACCACUUGGAAAGAAGAGACCUGGAUUUUAAGAUCAGCAUUCCUAGAGAGAUUCGUAAGAGAAGGAAAUCACUACGGAGAAAGUUUGACUCCUUCUCAAAAGAAAAAAAAGAGCGAGAGUCUGCACCCAAAGCAUUCGGCAUCCCGCUCGCCCAGGUAAUCGCAAACGACCGGGCAUACAAGCAACGGCAAGAUGCCCUGAAAGAGAGUCGACGAGACUGUCUGGACCUGGAGGCCAGCGUUCUUCACUUCCGUGCCGAGAAAUGGCAGCACAAUGGAAACCGGGUGCUGGGUAAUACACCCUUAUCACCUGAUGCUGCCUCCUCACCAGCACCAGAGGUCCACAGCAAACCUCUCAAGGACAACACCUCACGCACACACAGACGGGGAGCGAUGUCUGUAGACUCCAUCUCUGAUAUGGUUGAGAGUCAGUCCAGACUACUUGAAGCUCUGCAGCUCUCUCACCCUAAUGAGCUGGAGCUGAAAAAGGCUGCUGGUCCCACACAGGCCAAACUCAGUCUCAAUCCCAUCUACAGACAAGUUCCUCGAGUGGUAGAGCGCUGCUGUAACCACAUCGAGACCUAUGGGUUACAAACUUUGGGGAUUUUCCGUGUAGGCAGCUCUAAAAAAAGAGUCCGUCAACUGCGCGAGGACUUUGACAUGGGAAUAGAUGUCUUGUUAGAUGAAGAGCACAGCGUGCACGAUGUGGCUGCAUUACUUAAGGAGUUCCUGAGGGAUAUGCCUGACCCUCUGUUACCACGAGAACUCUAUCGGGCCUUCCUGCACGCUAACCUGUUGAGGGGGGCAGAUCAGUUGACAUACCUGCAGCAGUUGCUGUACCUGUUGCCGCCCUGUAAUUGUGACACCCUGCUGAGGCUCUUGACGCUUCUUCAUACAGUACAGGAGAAUGCAAACAGCACCACUGGGCCCAACCAGCAGGAGAUCUCAGGUAAUAAGAUGACGGCUGCAAACCUGGCAGUGAUCUUUGGGCCCAAUCUCCUGCAGAAAGAGAGAGGAUCAGAGAGAGAGCUCAGCCCUCAAGCUCUAGGCAUAGAAGAUAGCACCGCUGUCAUCUCUGUCACCCUGAUGCUCAUCCAGAACCACCAACACCUCUUCAUGGUGUCUGCUGAGCUGCAGCAGGAGGUGCUCAUGAGCCUCAUUCAAACGGACCCUGAUGUCAUCGACUAUCUGCUGCGCAGGAAACUCAGUAGUAGCAGCCUGACGAUGGAGACAGACUCUGGUGGAAGGAGGGACACACAGGCAUCUCUGGACUCUGUAGGGCAGUCCAGUGAUGACCUUUCAUCCCUGGAGCCACUGUGUCCUCUUUACCCAGAGACAUCUGCGAUAGGAAGUCUGAGCAGUGAAGUCUUCCUGAAUAUCCUUCAUCUUAACACCAAAAGGAAACGCUCCUCUGAGGUCCCACCCAAGUCCAUUAGUAAAAUGAGGCAGUUUCAUUCCCACCACAACCUGAUGAGUCUGUCCCAGUCGACCUCUAAUGUACAGAUUGAUGAGCGAGAGCUCCAGGAUCAAAGGCAAGGCAGUUCAAGGCAGACCUGCUCAGAGGAGCGCCUUCAUUUAAGUCUGGGACAGCAGGACAGCGGCUCUCAACCACAGAGUCCUAGAGAGAGAGGCAUCUGGGUACGACAGAGCUCCAAUGCUUCAUCCACGACGUCAGACGACAGCAGACCGCCAAGCAACUUCUGGGACUUUUUCACUGGCAAGAUACCUGUUGUCAGAAGAAGCCCUUCGCUGCAAAACUUCUUCAAUGACCAUUCACAGUCUGAGAAAAAUUAGAUGAAACUGAAGACAUUUACUUUUUUUUUGAUAAACAAACCAUUUUAACCAUUUGGAGAACAUGCUCUGAACUCAUGGCAUCACUGAACCACAAGGGGGUGAUAUUUACUGGUGUCAACAACAGAUUAAAGCAUUAAAGUUGUUUAUGACAUGAAGUUAUAUAUAUGAUCCUGUAUGAAAUGAUCUCUAUUAAAGCUGUACUCUCUCUGUUUGGGUUGGU